UGAAAGAUAAUUGUUUUACUAUCCAAUUUUGAAAAGAAAAUGAUUUGGAAAUAAAUAAAUUAAUUUGCUAAAAUUUAAAGAAAUUUGUAUUGUAAACAGUGUAUUGGUUGCUAAUGGAAGCUUCAAAUUAUCUCCCCUUUCGUGACUCUCCAGUGUAGAAAUACAAUUACCCUACAGUUGUAUAGUAACAAUAUGGCUGAGGAAGUAGACAUCUCAGAGCAGACUACACAUUUAUGCAGCCUUUCUCACUUUUCUAAGACUCCAUGUUCACAUGUUUCAACCACAGAAAAUGCUUCAAAGUUAAUUUAUUUGAAAGAAUGUAAGAAGUCAGUAUCAAAUCACUUACGUUCAUUGAACAUUUCAUACGAUGAGAACAUUUUGACAGAAGGUCUUCUUAUAUGCUUACGUGUUGGUAUAUUUCGUUUAAUGCCACAUUUCACUGUUUGCCCUUAUCAUCGGUCAUCUUUGGGGUUGAAUUGGAAGAGGAAAACAUCAUGUGUAUUUCCUGGCCAUACUGGAAAGAGUAAAGGGGAUAGACCGAUAUCAUACAGGACCAGCUACGCUCUGAUUUCCCAGGGAGGAACAUUCUUGCCAAUAGGAUCAGCUAUCUGUAAAGUCUGCAAAACAAAAACAUGUAACAUCCUAGAAUCAUUUCCUGAUAUGAUGGACAUUAUUCCUGGUGAUGAGAAUUCAGGAGAAAUAAAAAUAAAUGAUCAGAUGGACAUUUAUCCUUGUGACAUGGAUUCUGAUGGUCAUUAUUUAGAGCAUAAGUUUUCAGUAGUUGAACAGAACCAGACAAGAUAUAAGUGCAUGCAGUCAGAAGAUACGACAGCUAAGGAAGAAAAUGACAUGAUAAGUGAAGAUGAAGCAUCUAUAUGGAUUUCACAGUCUGAUUCAGAAAAUUAUACGGUUUCUCUACCAUCAUCUCAGAUAUCAUCAUGGAGUGCAGAAAAUGACAUACAAAGAAACACAUUAGAGGAAAUAAACAGUGCACUGAACAUUAUUGGUGGGGGAAAAAUCAGUCCAAUUACAUACCAAAUAAGGAAGGAUGUUAACGAACUCAAACCAAGAACAGUGCGCAGCCUGAAGAGAAAAGCAUCUGCUACUGUUCAUGAAGCUCUUGACUGUCUUGCACCAUUUCAAGCAAAAAAAGUUUGGCAACUCAUAGAUAUGGACAUGUGUUCAACACCAUCACCUAAAGUAGAUGAGCUGGUUGUUCAACUCUUCAAAGAAUCAACUGACAAGUGUACCAAAAAGCAGUUUCUGUCAAUGAUCUCAUUAAAUUACACAAAGCAGCAGCUGAGAGACAUAUUUCCUGGCAUUAGCAUAUAUGAGAUUGACCAAGCCAGAAUACAUGCAAAGACUUGUGGAAAAGGUGUUCCACCUCCAAUUAAAGAAAAAUGUGUUCGCCAAAAAAUGAAUAAAGAUAAGCUUGAUCAUGCACUAGAUUUCUUCCUGAAUCCUUCAUUUCAUCAGGUAACUUCAGUUGGCACUAAGCAGAUGCAUUUACGAAAUGGAGAAGUCAUCACCAUCCCACAGGUUGUAAGGACAGCAUGUCACUCAACACUAGUGACAAUUUACCAAUCAUUCUGCCAAGAAACAGAUUUCUCACCUUUGUCCAGAGCCACUCUUUUCAAAAUUUUGGCUGCAUGUCCUGCAUCAAAAAGAACUAAUCUAAAAGGACUGGAUAAUGUUGCAGCAGAUGGUGCUUUGGGAUUUGAGACUCUAUUAUCAACUCUGUCAAGCAUUGAAAGAUAUGUGUCAGAUAAUGACAAGCUAAUACAAGUUAAGGAAUGCAGAGAAAACCUGUUAGCAGCAAAGCUUUACUUGAAAACAGAUUUCAAGGCUCACAUUAAGCAAAAGGAUAGAUGUGCUGAUCACUGCAUUAGUUUUGCCCUUUCUGAUCCUAUGGAUCAGAAACAUCAGCAGCUGUGCAGUGAUCACAUUCAUGACACAAGCUGUGACAGGUGUGAUUUAUUUACCAACACUGUUCUGGAGGUCAAAAGCCAGAUCCGUAAUUUAGGAGAUGAACUUCCACCAGAUUUACUAUCUGACAUAUAUGGUGACAUUGAAUCAGCCUGUGAAAGAAUAACAGAUUGGAAAAGACACAUUGUAAGAACCAUCAACCAAGACAAAGGCCGCAGUGAUCUUUUGAAGAGCCUUUCACCAGAACAAGCAGUCAUUGUCAUGGACUGGGCCAUGAAAUUCUUACCCAUGUCUUUUAGGGAAAAACAAAGUGACUGGUUUGGACAGAAAGGUGUCAACUGGCAUGUCUCUGUUUGUAUUUAUAAGUCAGAGAAUGAAGAGUUGAAGCACAGAACUUUUGCACAUUGUGUAGAAGCAACCAAACAGGACUGGUAUACUGUGUCUGCACUUUUGGAGCAUACUUUGCAGACCAUCAAGAGCCAGUUGCCAAAUAUCAAAACUGUCUUCUUACGCAGUGACAAUGCUGGCUGUUACCAUUGUGGUAACCUUUGGUUCUCCAUUCCUUUUAUUAGUGAAAGGACAGGAGUUUAUAUAAAAAGAUAUGACUUCAGCGAAGCUCAAAGCGGAAAGUCAUACUGUGAUGCAAAAAUUGCACACAUGCGAGGGAAAAUCAGACAGUGCGUUUCAAAUGGAAAAAAUGUAGUUUGUGCUUCAGAUAUGAAGUCUGCAAUAGAUGACUAUGGGGGAGUUUCUGGAUGCCAAGCAGCUCAUGUGGAAAUCACAAAUACUUUGGAUGAUCAUAGAGCAACUGGUCUUAUUAAAGGAAUCUCCAAAAUAUCCAAUAUAGAGUUUCAGGAAAAUAUGCAAAUAACUAUGUGGAAAGCAUAUGGUAUUGGCCAAGGGAGAAAUAUAUCUGUUCAGGGACAAAUGAAUAGUCAAGAUGAAAGGUCAUUGAAAGUGAUAGCUGAUUUUAAACCUCCAAUGAAGGUGGAAGGAUCCAUAAAGCAGAGUUCUGCAGGUGAUGGUUUCAGUUGUCAAGAAGGUUGUGUUCAGACCUUUACCUCAUUUAUGGAUAUGCAUAUGCAUUGUUUGAUUGGUGAUCACAACUAUGAUCUACAACAAAUGUCAACUUAUGACAAGAUUAAGCUCAGAUGGUAUGAUGCUUGUAUAAACUUGUCUGAAAUAUUGAAUUUUAAUCGAACUGAUGCUUCUCAACCAAAUAUCUCACAAGAUAUAGCCAAAGAACAACAAGGUUGGGCCUUAAAAAAAGAAAGGAAGCAUGUGAGAUUUUCAGACAAAGUUAAAUUAUAUCUAAAGUCAAUAUUUGAAGAUGGUGAAAAGAGUGGGAACAAGAUGAAUGCUGGCACUGUAGCAAGAAAUAUGAGAGUUGCACUAGAGAAUGGUACCAAAAAGUUUUGCAACAGUGAAUACUUAAAUGCUAGUCAAAUCACAUCUUACUUUUCACGGUUAACUGCAGAGAAAAAAAUGCCAUCAAAGUCUUCAGAGGAUAUUGACAGUGCGGUAGCUCUUAUCGAGAGGUUUGAAGCCAUAGAAGAAAUAACAGCUUUAAUCUAACAAUGAUUUUUUUAACAGUACUGUGUAAUUUGUGUUAGUUGUGUCAUUUAUACUGAACACACUUCUUUUUUUAAGUUAACCAUUGUUUUUAACACAUUGUUUUUAUAAGAACAUAAUUAUAAAAUGAUAUAGCUAAAUUCAUUUUUGAAUACAAUAAGUUGACAACAAAUUUUGUCAUUGUAAACCAUAUAAUUAUUUAUACUGCAAGCCUUUUAUUUGAGCAGUCAAAAUGCAUUGGCAGUAUAUUUUUGUGUGAUAUACUGUCACUGACAAUGUGUUUCCAUAGAGUUUUAUUGAUGAAGUCAUUAAGUAAUACAGGUUCACGGAAUCUUGACGUCAUCCGCUUCAAAUUCAAAAUAUUGGUUUUUACCCAAAAUAUUUCUUUUGUAAGAAAUUUAAGAGUUGCAGUAUAUAGAGAAUAACCAUACAUUGUCUUACGAUAUAAAUUAUAUUUUUACUCAGCUCGAAACAGGAUAGAAAUGCUCAGGAAAGCCUUGAUUUCUUCCUGUUUCUAAUCCUUGUACCAAUAAAUUUUAUAUUUUUAGACAAGGUAUGGUUAUUCUAUAUAUAUAUAUAUAUAUAGGGUUAGCAAUAUUAUUCUCAUUUACAAUCCUUUAUUAUGCACAUGCAGAAAAACCGGAAAACUAAUAUUAAAUUAAUUUAGACAUAUAAGGAUAAAAUGUGCAAAAUUACAGUAAAGAUAGUGACAACAAGUGUGGUCAGAGCUAGUGAUUACUUUUUACAGUCUAUACAAUGUCCUUGUAAAUUCAGUUCUUGUUUAUAGAGAAUUAAAGUUAUUGUGACUGCAUGUAUGUAUAAGUAAAUAAAGUACUGAAAAUAU